UGACAUGUCGGUAAUAAUUGGUUUAUUUAAAUUGUCCAAAAAAGUAAAAUGAACCGAGCGCACAGAUAUAGAAAACUCAAACAUCAGCUGCUCCUUGUUCCCAUUGAAAUCCACAGAGCUAAGAAGGCUGUGGGUUUUUUCAAGCACCAAGUUUUCUUGAUUCUGGGUUUAUGUGUUUAUUAAUUAGUCUGAGAACUUUGUUUUUGUUGAAUCGAAGGGUCCAAGGAUUAUUGGGUUUGGGAAAAUCUGGGAUUUUUCUUUGAGUAUAUAGAGGAGGAGGUGGGUUCGAUUGCUUUGAUAACGAGUUUUUGGAGUGAAAAUGUGGAUCUUGUAGAGCCCUUGGUUUGAUCCAGAAAAAAAAAAGGGUAUAAUUUGUUUUGAUUUGAUCGGAAAGUGCUGAAGGUCGGUUAAAGUUUUUUGUUUCUGCGAUUGGAGAAGAAGCUCUUUCUGGGCCAAUUGGUAAGCUGAGGCUUGCUGGGGUUUUGGUUUUGAUCGUCAGGUUUUUGUGGGUUCAGUCUCACUGGUUGACAUGGUAGGAAACAUAAGCUUUAAAAGAGAAUUGUUGUUCUGAGGAAUCUGAGUGGAAAUUUUCCUUUUUUAUUUGUUGCAUUGUGCUUUUCAACCAGUCGAGAAGAUCAUAGAACACUAAUUUGGUAGAAGCUAUUUCUUGUGCAACGAGGCCGAGUUACUGUAUUUGAAGCUUGUGGAUUGGAUGCGCAACAGUCAGUUUUAUUACACAAAUAGGUAUACAUUGCAAAGGCUUUUAUCUCCCCAGUUAAGCUUUGAAUUUGGGAGAUGGGUUGUCAGUCCUCUACACUCAUGCCAUGCUGCUGGAAUUCACAAGUAAAGGCAUCGGUUCUUGAAGCUCCAGAUAUCGAGAAUGAGGAGAUGAGCGAGCUCAACCACUUGCCUGCAUUUCGUGAAUUCACAUUUGAUCAACUUAAAAAUGCUACAUCUGGGUUUGCAGUGGAAAAUAUUGUAUCUGAACAUGGAGAGAAAGCUCCAAAUGUUGUCUAUAAAGGGAAGCUGGAAAGUCAGAUGAGGAUUGCUGUCAAGCGCUUUAACAGGAUGGCUUGGCCUGAUGUCCGGCAAUUUUUGGAGGAAGCAAGAUCCGUUGGUCAGCUCCGUAAUCAGAGAUUGGCAAAUUUAAUCGGUUGUUGUUAUGAAGAUGAAGAGCGGUUGCUUGUGGCAGAAUAUAUGCCCAACGAAACUCUUGCAAAACACCUGUUUCAUUGGGACGCACAACCUAUGAAAUGGGCAAUGCGACUAAGGGUUGUUCUACAUCUUGCCCAAGCUCUAGAAUACUGUACAAGCAAAGGGCGUGCCCUUUAUCAUGACCUUAAUGCUUAUAGAAUUUUAUUUGAUGAGGAUGGUAAUCCUAGACUCUCAACCUUUGGCCUGAUGAAAAAUAGUAGGGAUGGAAAAAGUUAUAGCACAAAUCUGGCAUUCACUCCUCCUGAGUAUCUCAGAACUGGGAGAGUAACAUCAGAAAGUGUAAUAUAUAGUUUUGGUACUCUUUUGCUUGACCUUAUCAGUGGAAAGCAUAUUCCCCCCGGCCAUGCCCUUGACCUGAUUCGGGACAGGAAUCUUCAGAUGCUGACUGAUUCUUGCUUGGAAGGACAGUUUUCUGAUGAUGAAGGGACUGAGUUGGUACGGUUGGCUUCCCGCUGUUUACAGUAUGAACCUCGAGAACGGCCAAAUCCGAAGUCAUUAGUGUCGGCUUUGACUCCUCUUCAGAAGGACACAGAGAUUCCUUCUCAUGUCUUAAUGGGUAUUCCACAUGGUGCUUCGUUCUCUCCUCUGUCCCCGCUUGGUGAGGCGUGCUCAAGAAGGGACUUGACUGCCAUGCAGGAGGUCUUGGAAAAAGUUGGCUAUAAAGAUGACGAAGGAGUGGCAAAUGAGCUUUCUUUUCAAAUGUGGACCGACCAAAUGCAGGAAACAUUGAAUUCAAAGAAAAAGGGUGAUACUGCUUUUCAUCAGAAAAAUUUUAAAGCUGCAAUUGAGAAUUAUACACAGUUUAUUGAUGGCGGAGCAAUGGUUUCUCCAACGGUUUUUGCGCGCCGUAGUUUGUCUUAUCUAAUGAGUGAUAUGCCUCAGGAAGCUCUGACUGAUGCAAUGCAAGCUCAAGUGAUUUCCCCUGUAUGGCACAUUGCUUCUUAUCUCCAGUCUGCUGCCCUUGCUGCAAUUGGAAUGGAGAAUGAAGCACAAUCAGCUCUUAAGGAGGGUACAAUUCUUGAAGCCAAGAGGAAUCAGAGUGCUGGACGCAAGUGAAAAGUGAAUGGAGAUUUUUGUUCUCACUCUUCUCGUUAUGGUGGUCCAAAUAUGAAGAUUAUCAUUGCUGUUGAUUGCAGGGUUUCCACUUCCAGGCUGGGGACUCAUUCCACAGGGCAGUCAUGUGUUCUCAGAUAAACGCUCUGAGGUUGUCAACGGAUUGAAGAAUUUCGGAAAAAACAAUAUUUGGAUGGGUGUGGGUUUUGGCAUUUUUUUUUUUUUUUUUAUCUUUAUUGUUAAUUCUGUUUACGAUUUCUUCAAUUGUGCAUUUUGCCUCUCCUUCCAUUGAAAAUGACAAAAAAGAAAAUGUGAAAAAUGAGUGGAAAAGUUUUUUUUUUU